AUAUGACAACGGCUUAGGAGGACACAUGUUUUAAUCUCUAAGACAACACUUGGGGUGAAUGGACCACCAGCUUUGCCAAUAUGCAUGCCCUCGAUGGAUUCAUAAUUUGUUUUUAUCGAGCGCCUGCAAAUUCGCAGCAUAGGCCAUCCUGUAUAACUCCCCGUGGUAGGUUGGUUGUGUACAGUCAAUUACAAGAUUGCCUGGACAAAAAUUUGCCUUCGCAAAUAUUUUAUUUGUACCCUCCAACAUUCUUAGAUUCGUUCCCAACUUUAAGCUGUCUUCUAUCAUUUAUAAGAUUGCCUGCACACAAGGGUGAUAUCUACUCUCUCUCUCUCUCUCUCUCUACAAGCGUUCAAACUUCUAUCAGCUAGCUCAAAUUGCCAGAUGUGUAGUUACUAUUCCAUUUAUUACUAUUGCAACUCUGCAAACCUCAUCUCUUCCUUGUUUGAGCUUGCAACCAUAUAUGCUCAAUCCCUUAAUCUCUUAAGCUCCAAUCCAGACGUUGUUUUUAGAUUUGAUGACUGCUCUUUCUAAAUCAAAACCAGUGGUGUCUAUGGCACGGCUUGCUCAACUUCUUGAAGAGCGACAAGAGCCUUUUAAACUUGAAGUUUACCUCUCAGAAAGGAGAUACACGAAGAAGAGCUUCGACAGAAUAGGUAGUCGUAAGGUUAAGUGGAGAAUUGCAAUCCCAAAUGGCUCAAAGAUCCUGAAAUCGGCUAUCAACAAGCUUGUUUCCUACAAAAAUUGCCAGAAAAGUGUGCAUUGCAAAGAUAGAGGCAUACCAGCUUUUGGGAGGGGAAAUAAACAGCAGCAUAAUUCAGUGAGAAAUUUCGCAUCCUUGGGUUUUCCUUUGCCUUGUCAGAGCACUUUUCAAGCCUCGAAACUCCACAACCUGAGAGAUUUAGAGGUAGCUACAAAUACAAAAGACAGCAAACAGCUCAGCCCAGUGUCUGUACUAGAAGAACUGUCAUCCAAUGAAGCUCAACACUUUCUUGCAGCAAAAAAAGAAGAAAUCAAACCAAUUUCUGGUUUCAAUUAUCCAAGAAAAGCUAAAUCAACAUACCUCUGCGAAUUCCUUAUACAAUCAUUGACUGAGAAGCACAAUUGUGUUAGCAAAACAGAAUUACAAGAUGUCAAGUACAGUUCAGAUCAGCACUUGAAGCCCAAACAGGUCUCAAUGCAAACGAAGCAGCUUUUGUUCAACUGUGUGACGGAAGCGAUGGACACUUAUGGAAAGCAAGGAAGGAGGCAGAGGAGUGGUAGAGAAGGCUUAGGACCGGAGGAGUUUGGAAAAGUAAUUUGUGAGCAAAUUUCCUUAUUGGAAGAGCAAUACGGAGAUGUUAAAUAUAUAAACCAAUUGAUAGAUUUGAAUGGCACGACAGAGGAAUGGAGAAAUUUCCAACGAUGGAACAAGGAAAUUGGAAAAGUUAUAGCCGAUGCUGUGUUGGAUGAUAUUAUCACAGAAACAAUUAACUUUGAGGUAUAUGAUAAUUGAGCUAUUCAGAGAGUCAGAUUUACCUAUUCUGUCCAAUGAUUUGUUUUGUCUUCUCUCUUGUUCUACACUAUCAUGAAUUAAAAAGAAAAAAAGAGAUCUAUAAACUACCAAAAUUUCCAAUUUUCCAAAUUAA